UCUUCUUUCCUUCAGUACAAACCAAACCCACCCUCUCCUCUUUAGUGUUUCUCCCCAAUGGCCAACCGACCAUCUCCAUUUGGCCUCUUCUUCUUCUUCUUCGCUUUCUUCACUCUACAAAUGCUCGCAGCCUCCGCCGACUACAGUGGCUGGGAGGGCGGCCACGCCACCUUCUACGGCGGUGGUGACGCCUCCGGCACAAUGGGAGGAGCGUGUGGGUAUGGGAACUUGUACAGCCAGGGGUACGGAACCAACACAGCGGCGCUGAGCACCGCGCUGUUCAACAAUGGGCUGAGCUGCGGAGCUUGUUUCGAAAUGCGAUGCGACAACGACCCCAGGUGGUGCCUCCCUGGCUCCAUCACCGUCACUGCAACCAACUUUUGCCCCCCCAACUUCGCUUUGGCCAAUAACAAUGGCGGGUGGUGCAACCCUCCUCUCCAACACUUCGACCUCGCGGAGCCUGCCUUCCUCCAAAUUGCUCAGUACCGCGCUGGCAUCGUCCCUGUUGCCUUCAGAAGGGUACCAUGUGCGAAGAAAGGAGGAAUCAGAUUCACCAUCAAUGGCCACACAUACUUCAUCCUAGUCCUGGUAACCAACGUCGCCGGCGCCGGCGACAUCCACUCCGUCUCCAUCAAGGGUUCCCGAACAGGGUGGCAAACCAUGUCAAGAAACUGGGGCCAAAACUGGCAGAGCAACUCCGUUCUCAACGGCCAGAGCCUGUCCUUCAUGGUCACCGCCGGCGACGGCAGAACCGUCACAAGCUUCAACGUCGCCCCGUCCGGCUGGCAGUUUGGCCGGACCUACGAGGGUAGCCAAUUUUAGAUGCUCACAUUCUCAUUUUACCCAUCUGGAGGACUCUCUCUCUCUUCUAAAUGCUGAGGUUGCUAAAAACUAUAGCACCCGCAGGCCAUCAUCUUAUAUAUAUAUAUAUAUACUAUAUGAUCUUGAGACUAAGAUUUCUUCUUCUUCCUUUCUAUUCCUUUAUAUUUGUACUGGAAUUACCUUUUCCCAUUGAGUGAAGACUGAAGAGUAAUGGUUGUGCAAGUAGUUCAUGUGCUUCUUUUGGUGUUUAACACGGCAUUAAUUUAAAAGGGAGACACACCUCUGGGGAUUUUGGGUUCGGCUACCUCUAUCUUAUGAAACUAUUGUCUUAAGUAAUUCA